UCAGAUACGACUUUUCUUUAUACAUUUAUUUAUUUAUUUUUAUGUGGUGCUAUGGAUCAAAUCCACUGCCUUACACAUGCGAGGCAAGUGCUGUACCUCUGAGCUACAACCCAGCCCCUUCCGGUCACUCUUCCUGUCCUGCACUGGGGCGGGAGGGACCUGACACCCAGGCCAGUCAGCCUUCGCCCUCUCUGGCCCUGCUUAGGCUCACUGGCCUGGGUGUCAGGGCCCUUUCUUGUUGCGGGGUGAAGGGUCAGCCAGGAAAUGGCGGAUGUGUGGCUGAGGUACCCUGGUGGUUAGAAGCAGGCUGGGGCCUGAGUCUGCAGCAUAUGUGGGAACAGAGGGCCAUGGAGGUGGUCGAGCCUGCCCUGCAGGUCCCUCUGUGCCAGGGGCUUCAGAGUCUUCAGGUGAGUGGCGCAGAGAGGAGGCUGGGCCACAGUGUUGGGAGGGCAUGGUGAUGGCAGAGCUUGGGUGUCCCCAGGGUGGGCUGCUGGGUGCUGGCAUGUGACUGUGGCCUGUGCUCUCCUCCAGCCUGCUCAGUGGCCAGGCUGAGGGGCCACCCACCACCAAUGUCAUGUUCCUCAAGACACACAAGACAGCCAGCAGCCGGUGCUCAACAUCCUCUACCACUGUGCCGAGGGGCACAACCUGACCACAGCACUGCCCACUGUCGGCUCCCGCUCCCACCUGGGCUCUCCCUGGCUCUUCUUGGCACACUACGUGGAGAGCGCCCACCAGGAUGCGCCUGAUCCUCCCUGCACUUCGACAUCAUGUGCCACCACCUGAGGUGCAGAAAGUCGUGUCCAACCACACCUUCUACUUCUCCAACCUGAGAGACCCCGUUGCGCAGCUGACGGCCUCCUUCACCUACCACCAGGAGUACCUGCCGCCUUCCAAGGGCUCCAAAGUCUGCACGCGUUCCUGGACCCGCCGCAGCGGUACUGCAGUGCCAGCCCGGGGCUGAAGAAUGCCUAGGCCAGGAAUCGCAGAGGUCUGACCUGGACUUGGAUCACAGAGGCAGCAGAGGAGGGCGAUGUCCUGCGCGCCUGGCCGAGGUGGAGCAGCCGUCCACUCCUGUGCCCUCAGCCUCGGGUCUGAGCUGCCGUGUGUGGCUGUCGGGCUGGGUCCAGGAGGGAUGUGGUUCUGCAGGACAGUGAGCUGUCUUCAGAGCCCUCCACCAAGAGCUGGCACAGACCUGGCCGUG